UGGGUAGGCCGUCUCGUUCCUUCGGUGCCCUGCCCUCGAAAUUUCUUCCUCUAGGUCGGUUCCAUCGGCGCCGAUCAAUUCAAUCGGCUCGAUCGCGUCCCCCGGGCGCCGAAGCAGCAGCAAUGGGCGCGGGCUUUUCCAAGGAGGAGCAGCUGUAUCAAGCCGUCCACAACGGGAACCAUCAGCUUGUGAAAUCUCUCCGGCGCGAUGGAGCGUCUUUGGAGUUUCUGGACAAGGAGGGCAGGACCCCCUUGAUUUUGGCCUGUGCUCGCCAAGAUCUGUUUGACAUGGUCGUCACUUUGCUCAAUCUCGGGGCUAAUAUAAAUGCCUAUAGACCUGGCUCGAAUGGUGGAUUUCCAUUGCAUCAUGCCGCGAAAAGGGGGCUGGAGAGAACUGUGAUUCUGCUCAUAUCCAGAGGAGCUGAUCCUUUAUGCAUCAAUGACGAUGGACAAACUCCUUUGGAUAUGGCCAGACUACGGGGACAUACUUCGAUCGUCCGGAUUAUAGAGGCAAGCGAGCGAGCGAAAAUUCUAUUUAUUUUGACGAGGAAACUUUUUCAGGAUCGGAUAGCUCUGUUUACUGGGAUGAUUCGUGAAGUUUCGGGGCCUGGCUUGCUGGAGGUCUUUGUACCGCAAUGGGUGACCAAGAAAGUGUGGGUUGCCGUUGUCCCAGUUCAAGCUAACCAGAGACAUCCUCCAAGGCACGAGCUCGCUAUUUAUCAGUCUCCCAAGGUUGCGGCGCCGAGAACCGUCAUUUCACUCUGGAAGGCGGAUCUGGAAGAGCCAAAGUGGAACACUGGAGCACCAGUUUUGAUAGUCACAGAAAGAGCUACAAAGAUGAAAUACAAGUUCCUGUCUGAAGCGGACGGUGACACCGCUCAACUGGAGAAACUGUACAGAGCAUGCAGAGGAAUACCUCCGGUGGUUCCUGCAAUGGGAUACCCUGUUCCUCCACUUCCUGACAACCAGGACGACGUUGCACUGGCUAUGGCAUUAGAUGCUUCUCUUCAGUCUGCUGGAGCGAAUGGAGGAUGGGGUGACCAACCCGGCAGUGAAAACUACAACGGAUGGGGAGUUCAACAACAAAAUCAACAACACCACCCCCAACAACAGCAACAGCAGCAACAGCAACAGCAACAGCAGCAGCAACAGAAGCAGCAGCAGCAACAACAACAACACCACCAACAAGAGCAGCAGCAGCAGCAGCCGGCCGGUUCAAAGAAGAAUGACUGUGGAGGCUGGGCAGUCGAUGGCAGCAGCAGCAGUACCAGCAGCUACAAUGGUUGGGGAACUCCAGAGCCGGGGCAAAGCAGCUCAGAAGCUUCAGUGGCCACUCCCGCGGCACCGGAAGAACCUCCAUCCGCUCCACCGCUGCCGGAGGACGACUUUGUUGUCGGUCCGAUCCACUAUCCUUCCAUCGACACUUCUCCAGUGACUAAUCCAGUUCCAGUUUCUAGCGUCGCAAAGGCCUCCACUGCCACUGCUGCCACGCCUGUGGCGGAAACGGAGAAAGCUGGUGGCCAGUGCGUGGUUUGCUGGGACGCUCCAGCACAGGGCGUGUGCAUUCCGUGUGGCCAUCUAGCGGGCUGCAUGGGGUGCUUGCAGGAAAUCAAGAACAAGAAGUGGGGGUGCCCGGUUUGUAGGAGUCCGAUAGAACAGGUGGUGAAGGUAUUCGCGGUAUAGAAAAUAUUAUGGUCAGAGAUUUGUACAGGGGGUGACAGGAUAAAACAGGGAUGGGAGUGAUGACAACGCAGAGGCUUGACUCCCACGAGGAUCUCGAGUCGAGCUUCUGGAUCGAAUAUAUAAGCGCAGGCAGAAAAGGGGUUACUUAGAGUGUGGAAGUAUGAAGGGAGCUUCUGCUCUGGUGGUUUUGGGAGUGGUGGCUUUUGUGGCUCUGGCUAUGGUGGCUUCGUCUUCUCCACUGGGAGCGACUGAGGAAGGCUGUGGUGGCUACAAAGAUCUCAUCAACAAGUGCUACCAGAUCGAGUUUGAUGAGUGCUGCGCCAAGGCCAAGCAGGCGAUGGCGGAGAAAUGCGUGUGUAGUAUCGAUGGCGCCCGCGACGUGCUGCUCGAGGCGUGCGCGUUUGAUCCAACAGAUGCCAAGAGCUGUCCUGCUUUAGCAGCUUUUUAAUUAAUCUACGAAACAUUGUUGUUGGUUU